CUCGUCGCCCAUUCUCCAGGAGCGCUGAGCCUGGAGGAUAAAUACGGCUGCGUGCGCUGAGAGCCUGCGCAUUCAUUCCGUCUCAGCCAUACCUCCCACAUCUCACCCACCCACCCACUCACCCACCCCGCUCUGUCCAGCUCUGUCUGCUACUACUACACUAGACGCACGGGCAGAUACUUUGUAGAGCACGGCGGCUUACGUCAGUGUUGCAGCGCUCACUCUGCAAGCAGACGACUGCAACCUGUUGUGUACUAUUACACUACUCUAUCCACUAUUGUUACCGGUUACUGUUCAUUGUAUUAGUAGGCUUACCGCGCAGGUGUUUUGUUUGUCAAUCUUACCCGCGGCGUGUCAACGCAGAGAGCUCCAAUAGCGGACAGAGAUGUAUUUCCCCGUGCUUACCGUUUGCGUGUUGGUCAUCUUUGUGAUUUCCAGGGUAAAUCGUGCCAGUGCGUCCGGAGAUGCACAUUGGUGUUAUGACUCUCAGGAUUCGGAAUGUGGUCCAAGCAAGUGGUAUAAAAACAGCCCCACGUGCGGCGGUACCAGUCAGUCUCCCAUCGACAUCCACACGAAUAGUGUGAAACGCAACACGACGCUCCAGAAGCUCAAAUUCAUUGGCUACGACUCGACACCUGCUGGUGUCACGUGGUCCAUACAAAACAAUGGUCACACCGUGCAGGUUGACUUGCAAGGGGAAAUGGCCGUGAGUGGCGGUGGAUUGCCAGGCACCUUCAAUGCUGUCCAGAUGCACUUUCACUGGGGGAACCCACACGGACCGGGAUCCGAGCACACCAUCAAUGGCAAGCAAUUCCCCGUUGAACUUCAUAUUGUUCACUAUAACGCCAAGUACUUGACCUUUGACGGAGCAAAGAAUGAAAAGGAUGGAUUGGCCGUUCUUGGCUUCCUAUAUGCAGUCGGACCAACAAACAACAAUUAUAACACCAUCAUCAAUGCGCUACCCAGUGUGGCAAACCAAGGCCAGAAGCUCAAUUUUUCGUCCACGUUUAAUUUGGACAAUUUGCUUCCAUCGUACGUUAACAUGAGUAAGUAUUACCGGUAUUCUGGAUCGCUCACCACUCCUGGCUGCGGGGAAGUGGUUACUUGGACAGUAUUCGAAGAGCCCAUUAUCAUGGAUGAAAAUCAGAUUAAGAAGUUCUCCACUGUGUUUUUCUCCACGAAAGAAGACCCACAGCAGACACUCAUGGUGAAUAAUUUUCGCCCGGCGCAAAAACUCAACUCGAGGAUCGUGUACGCAUCUGAGACGGCCACCGUUGGUUCUGCUGUGCCUCUCGUUGUCAACAAGUUGACCCACGCCGCUGGCCUUUUCCUUCUUGCUAUUGUUUUGUAUUGAGACGGACCAACGUUUUAAUGUUCGAUGACCACUUUUUACACCAACUGAGCAGUUUCUAAAUAUUUCAUUGGCACACACCCACACUUCAUUAAGUUUUAUGUCCGAUUUAUUUUACCUUGAAAAUACUUGAUCUUAGUGGAAUUAUUACUUUAAUACACCACACAUCACUUCCGUAUGCAAAUACGCUAAAUAUGCCACGUCUCUAAACAGGGCGAUUAGAUUGUUUUGAGAACGGUGAUGUCAAACAAUGUCACCAGCCUAAUAUCGGGAUGCUUGGAAAAGUCCACGGUAUUAUCAUAUUUUAUACUGCAUGUUCUAUAUUGAUAUUUGGGGUAAAUAUGUUAGCAAAAAGACGGGUGGUUUUUUUUCAUUGGAGCACACUUUUGUUGGGAACCGUCUGAAAUAUCUUACCUGUUAUAUCACAACAAUUAAAUAUAAUUAUAGGUAUACUUAUUUCCACACGUGUGUAUUUAUUUAAUGUAAUGUAGUACUUGUAUCGUGAGGACUGUUUGAUUUUUAGCAAAUGAUGGGACAAUCUAGAGAAGGUGAUGAUAGUUGUAUUGAUUGCUAGAGACUGACAAUUGAAAUGAGUGGGGGGGAAACAUUUUUGUAAUCCUUUGCUGUGAACCAAAAUUUACUUUUUCGGUGCUGAUUAAAAUUAACACGCAUCAGAUUGUGUUUAUUGGAAACAAUCUGCUUUUUUUUUUGUUUUAACCAGUCUUAAAAUUUAUUAUUAAUAAACGUGCUGUUUAAAUCAUGAAAAAUCGUAUUUAAGUUUUAAAGCGGUGACGAAUAAAGUACAAAUAAAAAUUAUGAGAGAAAAAACCCAAUAAAAAUACAGUAGAUUAGUAAUAUUAACAACUUGUGAUAAUAAAGGGAAGGCUUUCUCAUUGAUCUGUGGAAUUGUUUGGGACUUGUUGAAUAUGAAUGAUACUUAAUGCACGGUUGAAAGGGUGGAUCAGGCUCCAUCAGAAGAAGCGGCGUGAUUUGUCUUUGCUGAAGUGCGGCUUGCAGCUGUCAUCUAUCGGUCAGAGAAGAUCGAGGCGACUGUCACUUUGGUUAAAAUUCAAUUCUUUUGAGCCCAAAUAAAGUUUCGGGAUGAAUGGAGGACACCUUUCUAUA